AUGCCCGAUCUCAACUCAGUUCCGCCGUCUCCCCACUUCCUCGCCGCGUCGUCGCGUAGUUCCUCUGCGCAGCAAAACCCCCAACCGCCUGCGCCGGGUUCGCCUUCGUUACACAUCCUUCCUUCGAAUCAGAGCACCGUCAACCCGCCUGUCGCAUCCCUUUUACCGUCGCCGCGUCUUCCGUUAGCCGGCUCGUUUAUAGGGCCGUCCAUGGGCGACAAUACCGGCGUAGGCGCGGGGCCGGGGCCCUCGCGGCAUCCACGUCCUCUGACCGCUGCCGACCUUCAUCUGCAGCUGGAGAAGGAGCAGGAGGCUGUGGUCAACCGCCUAAGCCGCGAACUCUCGAUCCUUCGCGCCGCCCAGAACGCGUCUGUCGCUUCAAACGCUUCCUCCACCUCGGCGACGACAUCGGGAAUUGAGCCCGGACCGACUAGCCACUACCCGCCCGUCCGCCACCACCGCACGUCCUCGAGCGCCAGCACGCGCAGCGUCGCCGCCAACGUCGGCUCGGUCACGGGUACCUCCCUGGGCGGCAUCUCCUCUCCCGCCCCGAUCCGCCCCACCGCACAGCCGCCUAUCGCAAUCGGAGGUAUCUCGCUCAGCAGACAGAAUAGCAGCGCCUCCCGCCGCAGCAGGACCGGAUCCCCCUCCCCGGCCACAUCUUACUCCCUCUCCGGCAGCUACACACAGCACCACCACAUCAGCGAGCCCGGCUCAUUACCAGGGUAUUUCAGCGCGAGGGUACCUGCGCCGGUUCGCUCGCUGUCAGGCAACACUCCGGCCACCAGCAGCACGCCAGCGAUACCGACCCCGGGGUCAACAUCAACAACGACUACCCCGUCUGUGAUGACAACCACAAGCGAGUUGUCACCCGGGAUACUACCCGCCACGUCGCGGUUCGAGGAGGCUGCGCUGCGGCGCGCCGAGCUGGAAGAAGUCAAGCGGGAGAACGAGGCGUUGCGGCGCAGGGUGCGUGAGUUGGAACGGCUGGUGCGAGAGGCCGCUGAGCAGCAGCGGCGGAGUCAAGGUCUGGGUCAAGGUCAAGAGGGGCAGGGGGAAGCCCCCGGGUCGAGAACGGCUGAGACCGCGCUGCGCUCUGCGGUGAGUGUGACUGGGGUCGGCGUGCCAGAGGAGGAGGUUAAGGUUGGUGAGAGCGCGGCGAGUGAUGGAUUAGGGAGGGGGAGGGAGCGGGAGAGGGAGUGA